AUGUAAAUUAUCUUUUUCUGUAUUUCAUUAUAUUUAUAAUCAAAGCAUGUAAAACAUUUAGAUCAAUUGAGUUUUUAAGGUUCAAUUAUAGAUGUUUAAGAAAGUAUAUUUAAAAAAUAUGGAUACGCAUUAUUAGGAUCAAGUAAAACUAAACUAAAUUAAUUGGAUCUUAGUUAUUGUUUGGUCAAUGAUAAAUUAGUUUAAUCUAUGAUUGAGGCUGGAAAAUUAUUAAAAAGAUUAAGAGCUCUUUCAUUAUCUGGAUGUAGAUAUUUAACUGAUAAAUCAAUUUAUUUGUUAUGUGAUGUUAAUUAUUCAUUAACCUAUCAAUUAAAAAGCUUAGAUAUAUUUAAUUUACCAUAAAUAACUUAAUCUUCAUUAGAAUACUUAACGAAUAAAUCUAUGAAGAAUUUAUCAGAUUUGAACUUGGCUCAUUCUACGUAAAUUUAAUCUGAACAUUUGAAAAAGGCUUUUGAUACUGAAAAAUUUAAUUAAUUAAAAUAUUUGGGUAUCAGUAGCACCAGUGAAAGUGGAGGAUAAACAGAUAUAUUUAAAUUUAACAUACCAGAAUUGCGUACAUAUUAUAUCAGAAAUCAUUUCUCAGAAAUUUAAUUAAUAGAAAUUUUAUACAUUUAUUAAAAAUAUCUAAAAGAUAUCAACAACUGUUUUGAGAGAUUUUUGCAAAAUUUAAUCUUAAUCAAAAUUGUAUCAACAGAUUAAAUUAUUUUAGAGCCAGAAACAUAUGAUUUGUUUAGAAAAUGUAUUGGUUGUUAAAGAUUACUUUAAAAUAAUCAACCUCUUCAAUUGGAUAAUUAAAAUAAAUAUGAAUAUUAAAUUACCUCACAGCUAAUUAAUUUUAUGAAAUGUUACUCAAACAAUAACAGCAUUUAAUUAUUAAUAAUAAUGAAAUAAAAUUCAUUAAUUAAUGUUUAAUUUUUAAACCAUUAAUAAAAUUUGCUUUAAAAAAACUGAAAUAACAGAUCAAGAUAUUCAGAGCAUAAGUUGAAAAUUUGUUUUAAUACAAAUCAGUAUUAAAAAAUGUAAAACACUUACAUCUAAAUGUUUAAUUUAUUUAGAAUAGCUUUUAAAUACUUUAAUUAAUUUAAAUUUUAGAGGAACAAUUUUAAAAAAUUUAUAUUAAACUCUAUAACAUUUGUAAUAUUUUCCUUAACUUUUAUGAGAUGUAUGAUUUUUGUUUUAAAAUUUAGUAUAAAUGUUAAUGAAACAACUCAUAUUAUUUAAGAACUGUAGCACUAACUGUCUCUUUGGAUGUAACUAGAAUAAAUUAAAUCAUUUAAAUUAACUAUUAGAGCUCAUUAUAUUUAGACUUUAAAUUUAUUUUUAAAACUCUUUCUUUAUUACUAAAUAAAAAUUAAGACUUUAUAAAAUCAAUGUCUUUGCAACUUUUAUAAUUUAAAGUCAUAUAAGAUAAAUAAUUUUAUUUAUUCCACAAUAGUUUAUUAAAUUCAUCAUUUUUGUAGAAUUUUCAACUUGGAUUUUAAAAGGUAUUAAUUAAGUAGUAAUCUUUUAGUAUGUUUAUUAGUCUUUUCAAUUUGGAUUAUCUUAAAUCACUUUGAAUCAGUUUAAAUGAGUAAAAAUAAAUAUAAUAUUUAGUUGUUAAUUUAAAUUUGUAGAUGAGGAUUUAUUCUAGGCAUAAAAUGUAUUUGAAGGGAUAAGAAAUAAGAAAUUAUAGAGUUUAGAAUUAUCAUCAAAUGAUACUGUAACAUAUGAUUAAUCAAUCUUUUCAAGUCUUUUUAAAUAUUGUGUCUGAUAUUGAUAGUUAAAGGAUUUUACUUUAAGUUUUCAAAGGUAAAUAAUCUUAUUUAAUUAUAUAGAUAUAUAAGUAAAAAGAGUUUGUCAGAGGUAUUUUCGACCUUGA